GACAGGAAGGGUGCGUGGAUAUAUUGCCAUCAAGCAGCGGAAGGGAGCGAAAAAGAAUGUGGAUGGAUGGCAACAGGAGGGCUGGGAACGACCGGUACACGAGAGACGCGCAGGUGUUGGUCCUCCGUGGGAACUGAGGGAGGAGAGGCUGAUCAGUGACCAAGGAGGUUGGGGUCAGUGGCAGGGAGAAGGUGGCAGGGAUGGAAAUGCGGGCAGGAGAACGAAGAGACAUGUGGGGCAAUGGGUAUCAUCUCUCGCUCUCUGUUGGACUUACGGCUUCCAGUAGCGCGGGCAGCUGGGCAGCUACUGGUGGGGCAGCAUUUGGCGGUGUGCAAUCUAUUGCAGGUUCAAGAGAGGCGGGAGGAGGGCCGUCUUCUUAUCAUCAGGCAAAUGCGCUUCGGAGUUCUGCGGAUGCAAUCGUACACCGUGGUGCUGAGACUGGAACGAUGGAGAGGAUCGCUGGUGGGCUUGGUGCUUCUGGUUUCUCUCAUGCGCCUCCACCUCCUCCUCCUCCUCUUCGACCCUUUCCUCCUCCUCCACCUCUUACUGUUUCUGGAAGAGAAGGAGGAGGAGGAGGAGGAAGAGCAGAAUCCUUUCUGGGGAAUUUCGUGCCCCCCCCUGAGCCGCAUUCGCUGCCCGCGCACCUAUCCCAUAAUGGACCAGUCUUUGCUACAGACUUCCGAAGAUUAGGCGGCGAGGAGGGAGGUAGCGGGGUCGUGGGCAGAGGAACGCCAGAGGGUGGAGAAGGAAAUGACGGACGGCGAGAAAUGACAUUUGACCGCGGCCAUGGGCAUACGGUGCGGCCUUCCCUGGCCAGUGGUGCGCAAUCUGGACUGCUCUCGUCGCAUACUGCGCUGAAUGGGGGGGGUAAUAUGGCAAUCACAGCCAAUUAUGGUAGCGCGAGAACUCUUGGAAGUGGGGUCGGAAUAUUAGCGUCAUCUGGCAAUGGGUUACGCCCAUCACCCGGACCAUCACCCUCAUCUGGUGUGGCAGUAACGGAGAUGAGGAGUACGCUGGACCCGACGUCCACGGAUGGAUGUUUUGGAACCAGGGAGCAGCAGGGAGAACGCGCACUUGCUUAUCCCAGGUACUCUUUGACGCGAUCGGUAGUGCCUCCGCCCCCUGAGCUGCCACCUCGACUGCCUGCUCCAUCCGCAGGGCCUCCUCGUCCUCCUCCUCCUCCCCCCCCCCCUCCUCCCCCUCCUCCUCCUCCUCCUCCUGCUGGUGUAUCGCCACGCAAUGGUCCGCCACCACCUGUGUUAUCUACACCUCCCAUUGCUUCGCCAAGGUUACAUACGCCGGUACCACCGCCCCCAGAACCGCGACUGUCCGCCGCCGCGAUGAGUGAGAGGAGGGAGUCGGGCUUAACGACGGCGAGUGGUGGUUUCGAUGGUGGGACGGCGGCCUAUAGAGCAGGAGGGAGAGGGGUGGGUGGAGGAGGAGGAGGGAUGACAGCAGCAGGCGGAUUAUUUUACACUGGAAAGGGUUUGCCGUCUUCUGGGCCUCCUCCUCCUCCUCCUCCUCCGCCCCCUCCUCCUCCUCCUCCUCCUCCUCCUCCUCGUCGUCCUCCCCCGCCUCCAUCCCAUUCUCUCGAAUCUUCGUCAGCCCGCGGUCCUAUGAACGAAGCUAAGGAUAUGACGGGGGCGCCGUUUGAUUGUGGGCCGACGUUUCGGAGUCUUGCUGGAGGAGGAGGUGGGGGUCAUGACAGAACCUCUCAAAUGAAAUCAUCAGUGCCCGGGUGGAGUGCAGGUGGAGGAGGGUGUUUGUCGUCUUCGAUGGCAUCUUCAUCCUCGUUAAUGAGCGACUCCUUGAGUUCUCGUCCACGUGAAGAAGGGAGCACGACGACAUGGCUUCUGCCUAGCAGUGGUGGAAGGUUGAUGGCAUCAUCAGAGACCCUGAUGCCGAGUUCGCCACAGCUUUCGUCGGCCCAUCAGCGACUUCUGGGCGAUUGUUGGGCAGUUGGAGGGGGGACCUCUAGACCAGCCGCCGCCGAUUCCUCAACUUUUGAUCUAAUUGGUACAAGCGGCAUUGCCCAUGAGCAGCCUUUCCAGGACUCACUAAAUCUGAGGCCCGGAGCAAGAUCGUCGUUCUCGAGGGUAUCUCGCGGAACCCAUUCUCCUCUUCCUCCUCCUCCUCCUCCCUCGGCGGUGGAAUCUUCGGAGGAGCGGCUGUCUUCUGCUAUUGCGAUCGGGGAUAUCUCGACCAAGCUUCACGAUGCAGUCUCGGCGGCGAACAUCAGCGAGAGGGAUGGGGCUCGGUGCGGCCUAAGAGCAGGGGAACGGAGUCUGGUUGGCGGAGAUGGGUUUAAGUACGAGAACCAGGUGGAGGAAAGGCGUGAGGCGGCGAUCGAUAAGGACGGGUUGUUACGUAAUCGGGAGGCGCAUUGGUUUUCGUCUCGUCCCGAAGGCGGUGGUGGUGGACUCGACCUUGGCAGCACCAUCUCCAAUCUAUCCGACGGACGAGGCUGGCGAGGAGAAAUGUACGGAGGAGCAGGCUGUCAAAAUGCGUCUUUCUGCGAUGACAGACCUCGCGACAUGAGACUGACCAACCCGAUCAUGGAGCCCGGUGAUGCGGUUAAACUGGGGGCUAGCGAGAGAGGUUACUGCGGCGAAGUCGGAUCUGCCAUCGCUCCCUCAGCGGGAGGCAGAGGAGGAGGGUUGGCGGGCUCGAUGACAAAUUUGUCCACCGAUCGUGACCUGGCAGCUGCGGCAGCAGCGUCGGCAGUGACUUCAGGAAACGCACACGAGAGAUACUGUGGCAGCGGAGGGGAUGCCAGCUUGCUGCAAAGUCGAACGGGCACGACGUCGCUGACCGGCAUGGACUGCGGGAGUAGUAUCCUUCGAUACUGUGGAAGAACGGCGGCCGAGAGGACGACGACAAAUCAUAUUGGGGGAUUUGGUGAAUCGCAGGUAGACGUGAAGAAUUCGGACCUAAGGAACAACAUCGGGAAUGCUGGUCGUAAUGUCCCAGAUGAUGAGUCUGAGCGUAGAGGAGGAAAUCGUCCGUAUUCUUAUGGUGGGGUUGGGUUCAGCAACCUGAGCGAUGGAGGUUUUGGGUAUGGCAAACAUAGAGGGGGGAGUGUUUAUGACAAAGAGGGGAAGGGGGGGGAAGUCUCGUACAGGGAGGGGGGGGAGAAUGAACUUCGCCGUUGCGCGCCAGAGGAACAUCUCCAUCAUCGGUACAGUUCCCCUGGGACAGGGGGCUAUAUGAAGGAGGUGGAAUCUGAUCAAGGGAAAAUGACCGGCGAACUUCUGCCGCCGCCGCGGUUCAAUGUUUAUGUGGAAAACGGAUAUGUUCCAUCAUCAUCGAGAGUCGCCAAGGGGAUGUCGGAAUUGGAUGACAAAGGCGAGACUGCUGCAGGCACUGCUGCUGAUAAAAGGGGUGAGGAUGGGUAUGGGCGCGUUGGAGCUAGAAGGGGACCGGAUGGACAUUCAUCCGCGUAUAGUGGCAGCAUGUUCGACGAAUCUCAGCGAUCCCGUGGGAAUUCCAUUGCUGGUUUGGGUGACGGUAAGUGGGACCAAGGCGGGAACGAGGUGAGGGAUGGAUAUGGACAACGGGGUGUGGAGGGGGUCGUGGGGGGUUACGAUGCGGGCAAGGUCGCGUAUCCAUCUUCGAAUCGACCAGAGCAGUACCAUCACCAUGUGAGCAACGCGAACGAGUAUUAUGGCAGCGGUGGGGAGAAGGUGGUGGGUUUUAAAAGUGGCGGCACGGAUCGGCGCCAUGAUCCUCGUCAUCAUGGGCUGGAUGAGACGGUGAGGGCUUCUGGGUAUCAUCGCGGAUUGGCUAGGUCGGCGGGUGAGGUGGGGAGCGUUGGUAACGGAGGAGGAGGAGGAGGAGGAACAGGAAGCAAUGUCCGACAUGAUGAUGAGGCGGCGGUCAGGUUUCGGUAUGGUUUGGCGGGAAUGGGCACGUCAGGAGUGGGUGGAGGCGGGAAGGAGGACGUGUUCCCUGGGGAGCAAGGCAGGAUGAGGAGCGGCGGCGGCAACGCUGUCGAGGUCGGGCGGCUGACCGCAGACUUGGAUGGCCGGUAUCUGGCCGAGAGCCGCGACAUUGGUGGUGGGCAUGGUGGCAAGAACGAGGACGGCGGGCCAAGUUGGUAUGGGUCUCAGCGAAAUGGUGGGUGUGCAGUCGGAGGGGAGGGUGUUUCUCCUGGUGGGGGCGCCGGUCGAGGAGGGUUUCCUCCUCGACCUGGUAGGGAGCCGGUGGACUCCUUCGCUGAGCUCUGCAAUGGUAGCAUCGCCGAGGCUGGGCGGCAACACGGAAAUGGUUACAGGGGAACUGCAGGAGUGGGGUUGGCGCCAGACAGGGACACAACCGGCUACGAAGAUGGCAGUGGGGGUGUGCGGAUGACGAUGACCUUAACAGCUCAUGGUGAGAUGAGAGACAUAGAUAGAGGGAGGACCGCGGAGAGAAGUUGGCUGGGGCUGGAACCGAGCCAAAGCCCGAGGAGCGAGUUCAUCGCGAGGAGAGGAAUGGUGGGGGAACGAGAAGGGAGAGCAGUGGAUCGACGAGGAGAUCCCUGGGCAGUAGAGAUGCAGUCAUCGGCUGGUAUAUGGAGGGAGGUGGGGCGGGUGGCGGAGGCAGCGGAAUGGGGAAGAAGCGGGAGUAGCCCGCUUCAUAUGCGAAACACUAUGCUGAUGACGAGUGAUGGAGGAGGUGGAAGAGUGGAAGGGGAAAGAAAAGACGUUUCCCGCCGAAGAAGCCGAAGUAGGAGCAGGGAAAGGAGGUACGGAGGGCACAGCGACGGCGAGAGUGGUGGGGGUGGGGGAGGAACGAGGGAGAGCAGACGGCGAUGGAGCGGGAGUGCGGGCAGCGGCGGUGAGUGGCACUGGAGCGAUCGGGCAAGGCACCAAGGCGCGGCGGGAGGGGAGGGGGGAGGAGAAAUGCCGUCGAAUGCCUUCAACAGGAAAAUGAACAGGAGCCGCAGCCGAAGCAGGAGCUUGGAAAUUCUGGGCUCGAUAUCGCCGGGGAGAAAAACAUGGAUGGAGAGGGAGAGAGAGAGAGAGCUGGACCAUGUGAAAAGAACCGAGUGUCCCUCCUCCCCUCGACCUCCGGCCAAGGAUGGCGGGCUGACUUUUACUUCGCCGGAUACCGUGAGUGGAAGGUCAAAGGCGGACGCCGCUUUUGCCUCAGCGGCUAACGAUGGCAACAAAUCGUGGAACACGACGAGGAGGGAGAUUGCGAUGGAGGAGGAGGAAGGUGGUCGUAGAACAGGAUGCGACGCGACGGGGACCGCGGAAAGAUGGGGGGACGGAGGGGAUGUCCACAACCGCCACCGCUUUGCGAAGGCGGAUCGGUACGGUUGGAACGGAGCUGACGUCAAUAGGAAUUGGACUGCAUCGGCAGGGCAGGGAGGGUGGCAACGCCAGCAGCGAGAUAGACUUGUGUUGGCUGGGAGGAAAGGUGAGCAGGAAGGGUUCGGUCGGGAGCCAGUGUUUGGUAAAGCGACCUCGGUGGGCGGCGGCUUUGAUCGCGAACGUUCCUCCUUGGAUAUCGGCAGCGGCAGAAAGUUUGGAGGCGGCAUGGAUGCAGGAGGUAGAGGAGGGAGAGGAGGCAGAGGAGGGAGAGGAGGAGGUAGGGGAGGUGGAGAUUAUCAUCAGGGAAAGAAGGGGGCGGACGGCGGAGGUCAAUUCAAUUCCGGUGUGGGGGAUGGGAAAAAGAUGCUUGUGAUCGGUCCACGACCUAAAGCAAGUGGUGCUGACCAGGUGGGCGAGAAAAAGGAGGCGGCGAAGGACUCAAGGACGGACAAAGACGACCAGGAGAGCGGGGAAAACGAGGGCUCCAGGAAUGUCGAAGUGGUUGGUGGCGACGAGCGUGCAGCAAAGGACAAGUCAGGCAAAGUCAACUCGGUCGCCGGUGACGCGAAGGGAUCAUCGUUCCAGGAAGCCGGCAGGGCCAGCCCGUCGGGAAAGGAGGGUGGUAGGAAUUGUGCGCCACAACUUGGCAAGCAGGGAAGAAGCUGGACGGGUGUCUGGCCUCUGGUGAAGGACAGGGUCAAUGAUCAUGGAGGGGUAAGGCAUGACCGGGAAGCGAUGGCAGUGGCACACAAAGAGGGCCAGAGGGGUACAGCAACAGCUCCGGUGGACGUCGACGCAGAUGACAAGCAGCGCGAGCAAAAGAUUUCCUCGACUUCGAAAAGCAGCAGCGGUGGUGGUGGUGCUGUUCGUGGUAGUGGUUUUGCAGGGGUCGUAUCUGGAUGUGAUGGCGGUCAGAUGCAGCAGCGGAGUAGAGGAUCAUCACCAGGCUCAGCGGCGGCACAGGCAGCGUCAUCAUCAGGCGCACCGCUUUCGCGACCGGUCGUGGAAUCCGGGGGAGGAGGAAGCGGUGGCGGUAAGAGGCGGGGAACCCGUGAGAGGAGCGCGGGGGGGAGUCUAUUGCCCCCGUCGCGUUUGGAACUCACCUUGAAGCCACCACGUCGCCCUACUCCGGCAGCUGUCUCUCUGCUAGAUGCAUGCAGCACAGAUCAACCGCUGGAAUUGACUCUCAGCCGACAGCCUAAGCCCAAUUCCCAGCAGCCUAAGGUCACCACCUCCCAGGCAGAACUCGUGACUCCUCAAGCCAGCGCGCCUUUUUCCUUGGGAAGAGACCAGAAGGUAGGAGGCGUGUUUACCAAGGCGAAGAUGAAACCGGGAGCGGCACCUGAUUCCGCGAGUUUGACUGCGGAAGGCUCAACACCUCCGGCUCUAGAUCUUCGAUUAGAUGUGCGACCUCGUGAAGAAGGCGCGAGGCCCGUCUCGCCAUCGACCGUGAUUCUGAACUUGAAGUUGCCUUCGCCUGACAGGGUGGAAGAUGAGGAAGCAGGGAAGAAGGGGCCAGUGGAGUUGGGACUGGAGGCGAAUGUCGCAGAUGGUCUGAUCGCCGAAGGGGUGAGGAAGAGCGGAGAGGAAGAUGGGAGUCCUCGGCAAGUGGGCGGGGGUGGGGCAGCACAGGGGACGGGAAGGGUGUUUGAGAGUGGCACUAGGUCAACGUCGCCUGCUUCCCGAUACAGGAGGAACACAGCAGAGAUGGUGCGUCCAGAGAGCGUGGGGCGGAAGGGAGAGGCGGGUAGACAGCAGGGGGGGGGUCUGGGCUUGGGGCGAGGGGAGGCAGGAAGAGGGGGUGGAGCGGGUGGGAAGGGGGGUAGCGACAAGAACGAAACAUCGCAGUCCAGCGGUAAGGUGGUGAUAUCGUCGCCGGUCGUCGAUGCCGGUGGAGGCGUGCAUUUGAGCCUCGCGACGAAAAGUCGAAAGCUUGACAAGUCAGGGAGUGCCCUUCUGCGGAAGGAAGAGUUGGGAGGUGAAGGCCUUAGCUUGGGGCGACCAGGCGGAGGGCACGGGGGCAAGGCAAGGAAGACGAGGAUCAUGACCGAAGAUGUGGCCGCCGAUUUGAGCCUUGCUCAUGGAGAUCAAGAACCGCCGCAAAACCUUGUCGCUGGAGAAGGGGUUGCACGAGAGGGAUGCAUAGCUAGUGGGCGACGGAAGGACGUGAACUUGGCGGAAGGAGGGCGUGGAGGUAAGGGCGGUGUAGGAAUAGGAAAGAAGAAGGGGGCGUCGUCGUCGUCGUCGUCGCGCAAAGCAGCAGCAGCGGCAGAGAUGACAGAGGAUGCAGCUGAGGCGGCGGGGGUGGAUUUGACCUUGACGUCCAGGAAUCGAGUGUCACCGGCGAGAGGGGGUGGGAAGGCUACGAAGGGAAGUCGAACUGUGGCGCCCGCCCCCCCUGGAGACGACGAAGCUGUCCUCACGCUGGGAAGACCCAGGAUGAAAAAGGAGGUGGGCCACCCUGCUAUUGCAGAUUUCCUUAGGCGGGGGCUGAGUGGAAAUGCGUGCGAUAGUGUGGUCGUGAAUGGCGAGGAAGAACAGGAGAGGGAUGGCGUGCUUUCACAACAACAGUCCAAUGGUGGCAAUCCGAGAGUCGAUGCAGGUGUUAUGCUCGGUGCGACCGAGCCUUCGCCCCGGAUGGAGAGUGGGCCUGAGAAGGGGGGAGCAGCGGAGGGCGUAGGCGAUUCAAGGGAGGAGGGCGUCAAAGGGACGAAGCCAAAGGCGAUGAUGGCAGGCAGGGGAAGAGGAAAAUCUGGCGCCGGCAGAGGUAGGGGUGGGCCAAGGAAGAAGAAAGACUUUUCGAGCCUCGGAGAGGCGGCAACCACUGUUGUUAAUCGGAACCAGGGGUCGGAGGAGGAGAUGAUGGUAGGAGAUGGGCGGGCAUAUGCCUCAGCGGAUGAAAAUGCGGGAGGUGCAAAGAAGAAGAGAGUUAGGAAACGAAAGCCAGUGGCGCCGACAAUCGGGAUAGUGGAGGCCGUGCAGGAGGAAGAUACGGUCACGAGGGAGGGGAAGUCGACGGUAGGCAAAGAGGAGGGGAAAAGGACAGAGGGAGGAGCCCAAGCGAGGGACGGUGAGGGAUUUGCAGGAGGAGAAGAGGCAGAGAUGGAGGGCAAGGGGGUUGCCAUGCAGGGUGAGUUGCCUUCUACGGAAGUCGAGGAUGGCAAGGCCAUCCAGCUAGGAGGAAGGAGUGAGGAGCACGGGGCUGUAUCAAGGUACAAACGUCGGGGAGGGGCAGAGUAUACUAGUAACAAGAGCUACGAGCAGCGGCAUGUCACGAAUCAAAAGGGUCGUCAAGGGGAUGUGGAGCACACAGAGGUGACUGCAGAAGAGACAGAAUCUCACGCAGGGGACCAAGGCCCAAGGGAGCCUGAUUGUUUCUCGCACGAAGUCAGAUCUGCCGGAGAUGAUUGCCAAAUCGAUGCCGCGGCUUAUCGUUCGGGAGGAGGGGGACAGUUCUUGGAGAAAGAUGGAGAGGAGGGUGCAGACCAUCAUACGAAACAUGGCUGGGAUCGUCGAGGCGAUGUACUAGUUGAAGGGAAACGAAGAAGCCUGAGAGGCAAAGAGGAGGGGAGGAAGGGGCAGUGUGGGAGAGGCGAUCAAGGAGUUGUUGAGGGGGGUGGAGGACGGCAAGAUGUCCAGACGGGUAGAGAAUGGGAGGUGGUAGCAGGUCAGGCGGGUGUGCAGUGCAUUGCCAUGGAUGAUCAGGCAGUUGUAGACAGGAAUCGGGCAGAGUGCUCGGGUGGGCCAGAGGGGGAGGGAGUAACUGUUGGAGAUAUGCAACGGAACGGACUCGGAAUAUCGGUUGUAAUGGUGGUUGGGGCCAAGAAGAAUGAGGAGGUUGGCGAAGGAGAGGACAGGCGUUGGAAGGGGGAGAGCGAGGAAGGAGCAGCCGAUUCUGACAGACAGCCGAAGGCGGGUGCAGUCGAGGAAGCGCCUGAGCAUGGGGAGGGCAAAAAGAAGAGAGGCAGAAAGAAGGUCGAGAAGAAAGGUGACAAGAUGGGGGAGGAGCAUGGAGAGUACAAGGGGGGAAAUAAGAAUGUCGGGAAGAGGAAGGGAGAGAUGAAGAGAAGGCGACAGCAAGCCCAGGUUGACGAUGGGGUCAGAGUGCUGCAAGGUCCGCUGGAAACAGGAGAGAUUGUUGACGGGGUUCGACUGCAAGAUCCGGUGGAAGCUGAAGAGAUUGUCUUUUUAUCAGAGGUGGUGAGGAACACGGUCAGUGGAGACGAAGGAAGGUUGAAGAAUGGACGCACAUCGGGUUUGAAGCCAGUGAUGGAAGAUGGAACGAAGAAGAGGGGAACGCGGAAGGUGUGGGGUAACACUCGGGGGGGGAAAGCAGAUCUGCGGGCCGGGAUGGCAGGAAGAGGGCUUGGUAGAGGGGGUGUUUGGAAAAAUCGCCCUUUGAAGAAGGGCAGGAAUGCCAGACGCGACCUGGAUGACUCAGUCAAGGACGACGGAGUGGAAGAGGGGAUUCCCUCUGAGAAUGAGAAGCAAGGGCUGCACCUUAGCGAGAAUAUUCGUGGAAUACAACAUGGUCGUCUUGUUGUUCCCGUGAUUGACAACGACGGUUCUGACCCUGUGGUAUCGCUGGACAAGGAAUGUAGCAAGUCGGAGACUGUGGGUUUACUGGGGCAGGAAGCCAGUAAGCUUACGCCCGUGCCUCGAUCGGAGCAGGAACGCAGUGAGUUGGAGCCUGUGGUUUUGCUGGACCAGGAACGGAGUAUGUCCGAGCCCGAGGUGUCAUUGGAGCCCGUGGUUUUGUUGGAACAGGACGGUAGCAAGUCGGAGGGCGAUGGUACAAAGGUGGAGGUUGGCUGCGGAGAUGCAUCUGAGAAGCAGGAGGAUAUGGGAGCAAAUGGAAACAGGGUGGAGAGGGGUUGGCAACGGAAGCAGGGGGAGAACGAAGUAGACACCACGACCGCAAAGGAAGAGGAGGAUACGAACAAGAACAAGAGCAUCGCUCGUGCUCGAGGAAAGGAAAAAAGGAAAGGUGCUAGGAUCCACGGGCGACUGAUGGAGCUGAAGGGUAAAAAAGACGAGAUGUGUGGGGAGGGAGGGGUUGCAGAUCUCGGAGAAGCAACAGCCGCGCAUGGGAGGCUUUCGGAAAACACUUCUCACGGGGAUCAAGACGACAUACAGCAAGGAGAAGAACUGCCAACUCGGCAGCUUCUAGCGAGGCCAGGGACGGAUGGCAUGCCCAAGGGGAGGGGUGUAGGGCGAGGAGGACGUGUGAGCGAGCAACGUGGGUCUGCCAAGGCUGGAAAAGGCAGAGGCAGAGGGAGACACAUGAAAGGUGUUUUACCCGGUGACGCUCAGUGCAGCGUGGUAAAUUUGGAAAAAUUUGUCGAAGUGACUGAGGCCGGACCGAGCUCAAGCAUGAUGUCCUGCUUCUUUUGUGGAGAAGGCCCUUCACUCGAUCGCGGGGAGUGGCAUGCUUGCUGCUGUGGGGCUCCUGUCACUGAGUGUGAUUGCAGCUUGGUCAAGAGAAGGGAAUUCGCACUCAAGUGGGGCCAGCAUGUCCAGUGGCGGCGAAAGAAGAAGAAGAUGGAUGGAAAGGAAGUUGGAGUACAGCUGAAAUCCGAUCCGGGGCUAUUUUUCCCUGGGAAGGAUGUGGCAGACAGGGAUUUAGAUCGGCACAUAGUUGUGCACAGGCUUUGUGGAGAGUACUCGCCACAAGUCUACAUGGAGGAUUCUGCACUGGUGAAUCUUACUCAAUGCAUGAAGUUGAGUUUGGCACAGAAAUGUACUGAAUGCAAGAAGACAGGUGCAACGCUGGGCUGUAGGGUCAAGAAAUGCCGCAAGGUGGCACAUUACUGGUGUGCACGUAAAGGACACUGGAGAACUUUCGAUUUUCUUAAGGUGAUGUUAGUGGCAUGUCCUGAACACUACCACGUGCCCGAGCAAGUGGAAUCAGCGCAGAAGAGGUCAGCCACAUCUGUUUUCCAGGAGAUAGUUCAUUGCAUAAUCAAACCCUCUGAUGGCCUCGCAGAAGCAGCCAAUGAUCCACCUCCUUUGGAGGAUCAAAGUCAGCCCAAGGGUGGACCUGAAAAUGAUCUCGUGACUGGUGCGGCAGGUGUGCAGAGAGAAAGCGGAUGUGAUGUUGGAGCAGAAUUGGAAGGACAUCAUCUUUUGCUGGGAGAACAGUCCAUUGGUGAACUGGGCCAAGAUGAGGCAGAUGGUGUCAAACGGAAGAGGCCACGCGUUGGAGGGGAUGAGGCUGCUGGACUACAUGGAAAUCUGAUUGAGCACGAGCAGUGCCAAGUAAUGGGUCCAAGUAGCACCUGUGCUGGUGUUGCCACAGAUGUACAAGCAAGCACAUUAUCUGCUCAAACAAUACACGAUAACAAUUCACUUCCAAGUCAGCAAACUGAUUGGGAUGGGAAGCUGAAGAAAGACAGAGCACUAGAUAUAGGAGGGAAAGAUAUGUUUCUGGACUCGUGGAAAUUCUGUGACACAAUUAGUCCCGAAGCAGCACAGUGUGUAAAGGAAAUCAGAGAGCUGUAUAAUAGCCCUGAGUGGGUUCAACAUCGAGUGAGACAAAUCAAAUUUAAAAGCUCGAGGAAGGAAACAUUUUUUAUGAAGAGGUACUUACGCAUCGAGCCAGUGGCUCAUAUAUCGGCAGCUAUGUCUGAGCUUUUUGGCCGUUCUUGGGACUCAGUCCAUCGGGAGUUUGUUGAUUUAUGGUGGAAAGAACAUCAGGAGGUCCAGAGAUGGGAGAAUAGAAUCAUAAAUUGCACACCUGCGCGGAAGAAGCGAAGGAAGGGUUCGAGAAUGCAAGAAGUCUGCUUCGGGGAUUCCAACUCUGAAUCUGAGCGAAGUAGCAACAAAAGGCGGCGCAUAGAAAAUUUGGAUUACGAAAGCUGUGGGGAAUGUGACAAGGUUGGUGAAACUCCGAGUGGCCGAAAACAGUGCACAGAAAACCAAUGUUUGGCCAUACCUCCGAGGUCGAGCAAUGAGCUGCGUGAACUCUGCCCAUGGGGACUGAAAGAUGGGCGGCGAUGGGCAGUAAGCGACCCGAAGUCGUGGAUGCCAUCCCUCUUGGUAGAGUUUUUCGGAGAGGAGGCUGCGGAAGCGCUGGAAGAGGAUCUCAUUGAAGGAAGCCUUGUGCAGAAGCCAGAUGAAAUGGGGGAGUCUUGGGAUCAAUGUAAUCGUGUCGCAGACGUCUGUGCAACUUUAGAAGACUUGAUCGUGAAGUUUCCACUGUCAAGUAGAUGUCCCAUUCAAUCGAUGAAAAAAACGGCCUCUUCCAAAAGAGAACGUCGUAAUGUGGAACAAUCGCGAGACAACCAAACAGUUAUCGCAGAGCAGGCACAGGCGGGGGCCAGCACAGUGCGGGAAGCUGGUCUGGCGAAGGGUGUUCUUGAAGCGAUGCCCUUGACAAGAGCUCUUGAUCACCGUCCAUUGAGGAAACCAAUGAAAGGCAAAUCCGUGUACGCUAUUGGUCGGAAUCUUCUCUGCGAGGACGUAUCACGUGGCCUGGAGUCUGUUCCUGUUCCCUGUACUAAUGAUGUGGAUGAUGACCCUCCACCGCAAGUCGAGUACAUUGUAAAGAGCAGGCGUCCCAAUUCAAUGGAAGACUUCGAACUAUUCUCGAGGGAUGAAUAUUCGUCCUGUGAAGGUUGCCAUCGGUUCAAUCCGGAUGACCCCGACACACCGCUCUCUGUCCAUGUGCGUUGCUUGGAUGUUGAAUCACGGGAGGCCGAUCACCGAGUGGAUUGGAUGGGGUUCUCCAUGCAGGGGCGUCUUAGUUACGACAAGCUCGGCUGCCUCCUGCUGUCUGAGCAGGACAGAGAUAUUGUGGAGUGCAAUGGUGGAUGCAAGUGUGACCCCAGCACGUGUUGGAACCGCGAACUGCAAAAAGGGCUUCGCACUCGUCUAGAACUUUUCAAGACGGAAGAUCGAGGAUGGGGCGUGCGCACCUUAGAAAGGAUACCAAGGGGCAAAUUCAUUGUCGAGUAUGUGGGAGAGCUAUUAACUCAGGCUGAAGCCGAACAGCGAGCACAGGAGUACGAUGCAUUAAGAGUCAGUUGUCUAUUCAACAUAGAUCCACCGGAAGUCGACCUGGAGGAAAUGCUUGUGAUCGAUGGCUUCCAUAUGAGCAAUGUGGCACGGUUCAUCAACCACAGCUGCGAUUGCAACAUUGCCGUUUAUCGGGUGUACGUUGACAUGAUUGAUCGGCGACUAGCGCACCUAGGAAUGUAUGCUGUGAAGGAUAUUGAAGUCGGGGACGAACUAGCAUACGAUUACAAUUAUCAAGGGAAUAACAACCGCCCACGUAGCCGACGGAAAUGCGGAUGUGGGGCGGUUAAAUGCCAGUGCAUCAAGUGUAAAUGUGGGGCUGCAAAUUGCCGUCAAUGGCUAUGGAGGGCUUAAUUCAAAGCCUGUGUGUGGAUAUCUGCUAGAAGCAGCCGCUAUGUAUGAUGGUGGAUAGCAGCAGAGCGAGUUUCUUGGCGGCUAUGGAAUGGCGUAGUGCUGGCAGUGCCUUUGGGGCAUAUGUGAGCAGCAACGAGUGGACGGCAGCGGCUGGGAAGACCUGAUCAAUGUCAUGGCUGCCAUAGCACCGAUGAUGGCUAUGGAGGGCGGAACGGAGUGGAUGGUGGUUAUGCAGCUCAUGAUGUGAGAGCAAACAGCUAGAGGCUGCAUUGUGUCAUGGUCGGCUAUGGAGGCCACGCUCUCUCGCCUGAAAAUUUUGGAUGUGGGGAGGCCUGGAGCGAAGAAACCGAGUGCCUGUUUGAUCAAAGCACCAGUACAUGGCCCCAGCCAAGUUGACAGUCCAAUUGAGCCUCUCCUAAAAUUUUGGAGGCUCGCACGCCAUCGAUUUAAUAAAUCAACAGCGGGCAGCCUCCGAAAGGGUCCCAUGGCGGAUGACUGGCAUGUACUGCUUGAUUAAGCGAGUAACGUCUUUCCAAGCUGACGUGGAUGAUGUUAACUUUGACAGAGCCUAUGCCAUUAGUUGGUCCAUUACACACCUUGAGAAGUUUAGCAGAUGGACUUCUUUCUCACCUCGUCGGGGGGGGGGGGAGAGGGGGAGGGUAGCGAUUUCAAUUGUCGCUGACAAACGUCAAUGAUUAGCACAUGGAAUUUGAACUUCAUUUUUACGACCAUCAGCCCAGUCAUUCUUUUUUUUUUUGCAGAGCUUCUAGAAGGGAAAAGGCAUAUGUGCCAGCCCUGGUUUUGCUGUUUUUCGGUUGGUAGGCAAGAUUCGAAAGGUGGCAUUGCCGAUCUAUUUCUGGCGUAGAUGAGCUUUUGCUGAGCUGCUUUUCUAAAUAACUGAGCUCCGGCUUUCCAUAGCCAGACAGUAGUGAAGAUGUAGAGAAAGAUAGUGGUCACAUGUUGGCCUGCACUAUCCGAUAUCCCUAUUGACCCGAUCUGGCAAUCUUGAAGAGAUGUUGACAUCAGUGGAGCAUGUGCGGAGCUGCUAAUGUCGAAGACUGGGCUUCUGCAUCUAAAAGUAGCCGCCGGCCCGCCGCCGAGUCACCAUGUUAAUAGCCGCCUUCGCGUCAGGUUCUGCCCUCAAUAGGGUACAACUGCAAUAAGGGAAGCUGCAUAGCUUAUGCUGUCAAUUGGUAAUCUUGAAGAACUGCAGUCGACAUCGAGUUAGGCCACAUGUCGACGACUUGAACCCGACUGCGACCUGCAGAGCAAUCUGAAUGACUGGAGGGGUUUAGAGAGCUUAUCAACCAGCCCUCCUGCCGCAAUUGGCCUCUAGUUUUCCAUCUCUGAUCACUUCUGAAGCUGUGGAAGGAAAGUGGAUUAAGCGCUGAUAGUCGAUUCAAGCUUCUCGAGUCUUCCGUCCUGAUGGUUGAUUCACGGCUUGUCCGGAGUGGAUGGAUAUGACACCUGAGCAGGGGCCUGCAGUCUGGCUACGGAUAUCUUCGAACGAACGCAAGGACACACACCUUUCAUCUCAACAAAGAGCAUGCUGUCACAACUUCCUUUGCAUCGCCCCAAGAGUCGUUUCCGGUACUACCUGCGGGGCCGGCUACGGAUAUCCUUGGAAAUGGAGGGGGCAAGUCCUUUUCAUCUGAACGAAGAUCGUGCUGAGCACUUACUUUUCAUCGCCGGAAGCAUUGGCGGUACUCCUUUGCCUGGGGGGCUGGCUAUGGAUCUCCUGGAGAGCAAGGAGGCACGUCCUUUUCAUCUGAACGAAGACCGCGCUGACCACUUGCUUUUCGUCGCCCGAAGUGUUGUCACGGGUACUCCUUCACCUCCUUCGUUGCGAUUGCUUCCCUCUCCCCCUCCCCCCUUCCUCUCUAGUCUUGUGCAUGAAGUACAUCUCUUAAUGUACAAAAUGAUCAAAAGUCUCUAGGUCCGUGUUGACGUUUUUAUCAUUGUGAAUCAAAGUGGAUGUGGCCAUCACAGGAAAAUGACUAUCCCUCGGUUGAAGUCAUAGAUUAGAGGAGUAGAUAACAGUUGUCGUCGAGUUCUUUAGUCUCCAAUGUUGCGCCUUUCGAACUUGCGUCCCUUGCCCCCUCCCCCGCUCCCUCUUCCCCCGUUCUUUUUAUUUUGCGUCCCUUUCUUUUAACUUGUAAGUUUGUUUGGGUCUCUAUGUUGCCCUUUGUUCUCCAGCCAUUUACGUAGGCAGCGCAUGCCGAAGGUUGCUUCUUUAUUCAAUUCAAGAAAUCAAUGAGGGCUCAGGCAGUAGCUGUAGUUCUGUUUCUGUAUGUUGCACUUCAGCUGGCAUGGGCUGCAUUGUGGUCUGCUUUUUUCGGGCUUCGAAGAAGCCAAGCAAAAUCAAUCUUUAAUUUCAUU